AUGGAGAAUUUUCUGAGAAGCAGAGAAUUGUGGAGUCUGGUGGAAGAUUGCAUUUCGGCGAUGUCGAUCGAAACAACACGGGCGAGUGAGGUGCAAAAUAAAUUGGUAGAAGAGGCGAAGUUGAAGGAUUUAAAGGUCAAGAGUUUCUUGUUCCAGUCCAUUGACAGAGAGAUUCUGGAAACUAUUCUUGACAAAGAUACCUCUAAGGCUAUCUGGGAAUCCAUGAAAAAGAAGUAUCAAGGCUCUACAAAGGUGAAAAGGGCGCAAUUGCAAGCUAUGAGAAGGGAGUUCGAAUUGCUAGCCACGAAAGAAGGAGAGAAGAUCGACAUUUUCCUAGGAAGAACCUUGACGGUGGUUAACAAGAUGAAGGUGAAUGGUGAAUCAAUGGAGCAGAGCACAAUCGUGAGCAAAAUUCUCAGAUCGCUAACCUCGAGAUUCAACUAUGUGGUGUGUUCAAUUGAGGAAUCGAAUGAUCUGAGCACGAUGAGUAUCGAUGAAUUACAUGGCAUCCUACUUGUCCAUGAGCAGCGAUUGAAUGGAUGUGUGCAAGAAGAGCUGGCACUAAAAGUGUAUCAAGAUGAAAAACCUAGUAGAGGAAGAGGUCGCGGAAUGUUCUGA